UAAGGAUCCUCAUUAAGGGGACUUUGGUUUGUUGCAGUCUAACGAUCCUGGGGCAAAGACCGAUAAAUCUGCCAUUCUAGUAACUUACAUCCUCAGAGUGACACACGACUCGCACCGGCAGGAGCUCAACCCGGGAUCCCCGUCUACCUCAAACCUGCGGAGUGAGAAAUGCUGAACAAACAUAGAAAGCAAGGAAAUGGGGCGGAGGAAGAGCGAGACGGGCAAAAAACGAGGAUAACCGAGCAACAGCAUGGGGUAGGAGAAGAGGCGGCCGCGCAGGGCUCCAGGAGCACAUUCUGGAGAUCUAGGUUCAAGGGUUUACUAACUUCAGUGGGGUUUAAAAAUACUUCAGACUACACAGUGAAUGAACACACAACGAACACGGCAGGGAAUCCCAACACAACAAACACGGCAGGGAAUCCCAACACAACGAACACGGCAGGGAAUCCCAACACAGAAUGGAAUCCCAACACAACAAACAUGGCAGGGAAUCCCAACACAAUAAACACGGCAGGGAAUCCUAACACAACAAACAUGGCAGCGAAUCCCAACACAACAAACAUGGCAGGGAAUCCCAACACAACGAACAGGGCAGGGAAUCCCAACACAACGAACACGGCAGGGAAUCCCAACACAACAAACAUGGCAGGGAAUCCCAACACAACAAACAUGGCAGGGAAUCCCAACACAACAAACAUGGCAGGGAAUCCCAACACAACGAACACGGCAGGGAAUCCCAACACAACGAACACGGCAGGGAAUCCCAACACAACGAACACGGCAGGGAAUCCCAACACAGAAUGGAAUCCCAACACAACAAACAUGGCAGGGAAUCCCAACACAACGAACACGGCAGGGAAUGAUAGAGCAUCAGGCGUCAGUCCACCGCAGAAAGGCUUCCCCUGGGCAUCAUCAUAUGAUGGAACCCGCAGAACCGGCACCGCUCUGCAUCGUACAGAAGAAGCCAGUGUUCCUGAGAGGAUGAUGGCCGUAUUCUUCUGCGAUGCAGUGGAUGAUAUCCGUUGGCUGUCCAACCAGAUAAAUCCUCCUGGCUCCAGUAUCCAGACCAGCCGGGCGGACCUCGUGUCGCUGCCGGACUCCACGCAGCAGGAAUGGAAGGACACGCUCAUGGCGUCCUCCAUAAAUAUCCUCUGUUACUCCAAACCCCAGGAUAACCAGAGGCAAGGAGGGCAGAGCGAGCCAAAAUCUCUGCAAGGUAUAACUUAUACGAGGGCCGAGGUCGUGGAGAGCUUCCUCCAGCUCUGUAUAGACACAGAGGUAUUACUAUGUGGACACAUUUACGGCACACCGCAGGAUCCAGUCUGCGACUGGAGUGGCAUCAUGGGAUCCCAGGCGCUCCGCGGUGCUAUAGAUCUGAAAGAAAGUAAAAAGCCAAUUGGGAUCAUCUCAAUGUCCGCAGAUGGCGGGAAAUGGCUGGAGACGAUGCAGCUGAAGGACGGUGAUGGCCAGACGAUGAGGUUCCGACACAUUGACAUAUCCAGACUCGACAACAAGCGGAUCAAAGAAGAGAUCUCUGAAUGCUCAUACUGGAUCUUACACGUGACCAGGGAAACCAUCGAGGAUGAGGGGGUCCUCUCGCUGUUCAUUAACAGAGCUCUCGUAGUGUUUGAUGAUCCGGAAUACACGAGAUCACCAGAGCUCUUCAGAACCUUAAAGAACGCUUGGAUUUCAAAUGUUUCCUUGAUGGCUGAUGAAGAGAAGACAGAUCACUGGUUCCAAGUCAAUGAAGAAGAGAGUCAGAGGGCGGAACACCAGCUUUUCAUGACGGAAACCUUUCUACCGAAUAAAGAAAAAAUUGUGGAAGAAGAAGAAGCGCUCACAUCAGCCAAGAAGUAUCAAAAGAUGAGGCCACCGUACACAGUUGGGAUCUUCUCCAGAUCAAUUCGGGGAGAUUAUGAAUGGAUUCAGGCUCUGUUCCGGUCAGAAUGCUUCCGAGAUCACAUUACAGCCAUCAAUUCAUGCGAGAUCUCAAACAAUGGGUUCCAGAGGUUUCUAGAAGAGGUUUCCAAGUGCACGGUUGGAAUUUUGUAUCACACCAAGCAGAGAGGGCGAAUAAAUAUCACCGAUGUGACCGAUUCUCUCUACGAUAGAGAGCUGCAAAUUCUGUCUGAUUUUCUAGGGAAGGAAAACGUCUUCGUCUUGGUUGAUGACAUGGAUGAAAGUGGCCCCGAGGAGAAGAUCAAGAUCCUGGAGAGCCAGCCGAGUAUCGGGAGAUAUGCCGGAGAGCUGCUGCUCAUAGCACAGCGAGAGAAGCAAAAUGAGAAGAGACUGCAAGAAAAACUCUACAGACUAAACGCUCUCGAAUGAACGCGAUACCAUAGCGCUAACCGAGACCCUUUGCCUGCCAGAGUUGUCUGAAUCAGUUCCAUGUUCUCAUGUUUCAUCCCGCUUUCCCCAGUGAUCCCAUCUGUCAUGGGGACGGAGGGUAAGUUACCACUUUGGCCCCACCUGUGGUGAUUGUGAGAACUCUCUGCGGCUCUCAAACCGGCUCAUAAG